AUGUCAAGCUCAAUACCUAGGGUUUACUCUCUAGGGAACUCUGCCAUGACGUACCUACUAGCACUCAGGAUUGCACAACUCCCGAGUCAGCCAAAGGUUCCGUCGAUUGUUCUUCUUUUGAACGACCAGAAAAAAUUGAACAGGUUCCUCAAUAAUGAUUCCAAAAUUGUUGUUAAAUCAAGGAAUAAUAAUAAAGAAAUCUACCAUAGACAGUUCAUGGCAUCAUGUGUUCCGCCCAUCCUAAGCAAUGGUGAAGUUGCACCAAUUGAAAAUCUAAUUGUUUCAGAUACUUCUUCCAAAUUUAUCACUACUCAACUUUCUAAAUAUAAUAAAUCUUUAAAACCCGAGACCAACAUUUUAUUUUUGAAUCCAAGUUUAAACCUACUGGAAUAUUUGCAUAGAUAUCAUUGGAGCUCUGAUCAAACACGGCCGCACUUGUUUAUGGGCUUCACAUCACCAGUUGACGUUGGAACUAUACAUCAAGAAUUUCAGUUGUCCCUUAAAAUGAAAGGAAGGAUACAAUUUCAUAUUGCGAAGAUUGAUGGUUUUCCUCCAUUGAGUAGUGCUGGUGGAAAUGCGAGUCUUUCUCUGAUGAGUGACGGUCAAAAAAAUGAAAAGGAGAGCAAUACUUUUUAUAAAUUGUUUAGAGAAAUGUCCAAACUACGAUCUGGAAUCGGUUCUGAUUUAGUCAGUUUUGAUUUGUAUAUUGAUCGUUUUCAUGAUUUGUAUUUUGCACAAAUGGAAAAAUUGAUAUUAGAGAGUUGUACCGAGCCAUUAUUGGCAGUGUAUGAUUGCGUAUAUAAAAAGGAACUAUUAAAGAUUCCUGGGGCGCAAGAUUUAAUAAGAAAGUUGAUUAAUGAGCAACUGUCAAUUAUUGGUCGAUCCUACCCAUCAUUAAACACUAACCCAAACUAUUCUGUCAUUUUUGAUAAGGAGAGAAUAUUUAAUUUGGUGAUAAGAGAUCUAAAAGUUAAUGGGCAUAAGCGCGCUAAGCUGGCUCAAUCUUUAAAUCAAUUGAAUCAAACUAACAUUAAUGAACUUAACGGAUUUUUUUCUACUCUUGGUAAGUACAAAAGAUGUAGUUGCAAGUGGAAUGAUAUGCUACUGACUUUAAUAAGAGGGAAACAGUCGAUUACUAAGCAAAGGGCAUUAGAUUAUCAUUAUCUGUGA